AUGCAGGAUGAAGACGGCUACAUCACUUUGAAUAUUAAAUCUAGAAAGCCACCUCUCUCCUCAGCUGACCCCACUUCCUCUCCUUGGUGGCGUGUGAUGGCUUUGGUUCUGAUGAUCUUGUCCGUGGGGAUGGUUGUUGGGCUGGUGGCUUUGGGGAUUAUGUCUGUCACGCAGCAAAAGUACCUACAAGCUGAGAAAGAAAAUCUCUCAGGAACUCUACAACAAUUAGCCAAGAACUUCUGUCAAAAUUUAAUAAAACAAUUAGAACAAAAGCAAAAGGGCAGUUUCUACCAUAAAUGCAGCCCUUGUGACACAAAAUGGAGGUAUUACGGAAAUAGCUGCUAUGGAUUCUUCAGGCAAAACUUGACGUGGGAAGAGAGUAAACAGUACUGCAUGGAUAUGAAUGCAACUCUUGUGAAGAUUGCCGGCCAGAACAUUCUGGAGUACAUCAAAGCCAGGACCGUUUUAAUUCGUUGGGUUGGAUUAUCCAAUCAGAAUUCUAACAAGGUCUGGAUGUGGGAAGAUGGUUCUAUAUUCUCCAAAAAUAUGCUUGAUCUUUCUGGAGAUGAAACAGAAAACAUGAAUUGUGCUUAUUUUCACAAUGGGAAAAUCCGCCCUGCCUUCUGUAAGGACAGACAUUAUUUAAUGUGUGAGAAGAAGGCUGGCUUGGCAAAGGUGGAACAACUGCUUUAA